UGCCGCUUUUACACUCUGUAAAAAGACAUUCAGCUGACCCACUACCCCUUGUCCAUACCCACGCCACAUUUUACCAUUAUAUUGAUUUCAACAUCAAGUUAUAGCAGCAGUAGUGCGAGAAACAUGAGAAAAGCUGACUGGACGGUCGCUAGUUCGGUAUUGAUUUGGCUACCCGAGUUAGGCUUAGCACAGUAAUCUAGGGGAGUAUUUUGAUUAUUGCCCAGGCAAGUAAAACUUCCCUUAAUGUGUCCUGACCCGCAUUGAGAGACCGGGGCGAUAUGUUUUAACACGCCGCGAGUAUCAGAGAUGUCGUUGAUAUUGGACAGUUUGAAGGAGCCUUUGACAUCGUCGAGUCCGAGAAGAUCAACUCUGUGCAAGGUUAGCGGAUCGGGUGUCGGGUACAAGCCGAUCCACAGUGCGGCAUACGUUAACCACACUAAUGCUGAUAUGAUCCCGCCGUUACAAGAAGAUGAUAUCGAGGAUACCACUUCGUAUACGAACAUCCCCACAGUCAUUUCUCAGCAGGCGUAUGGCUUUAGACUAAACAACCUAACGGUCAUUGUGGCUAUGGUCAUAUUGCUUCUACACGUAACUCUUGUCGUGGUGCACAUUCUCAUUAGCUUGAUUGGUCGGCCUUGGUCAAGCAAUGCGUGGUCUAGGUUGGGAGAACUUCUUGCCCUAGCAAUCCAAUCCGAAUCGAUUAAACUUCUAGAAAACACUGGGGCGGGAAUCUCUGAGGCGAGGACCUGGGGAUUGACGGCGGCUGUGAGGGAAAUUGAGUCGGAAAACCAGUUACAAUUAGUGAUUAGCGAUAGCCAGAUCGAUAUGCUGUUUCAAGGCACCAAGUGUUGAAGUAAGGUCAAGAGACUGUCUUUAGGUACUGUACAAGGUACUGUACAUGGCAGCCUCAGUGGUGUAAGUAUAUGCAUCAGGCCUUCCCCCAUACCUAGGUAGAUUUUACCAAGGAGGGGAAGGAUGUAGGCAUGCCUAAGGCAGACUGGAAAUACGACUAGGCACACCUGCAGGCAAUGCUUACCUACCUAGGUAGGUAGGUAUAUUGUGUAACUAAGUGAGUACCUAGGUAGGUAGAUAUAUGACCGGCCACCUAAUAUUCAGCUGGCUCUGGC